AUGGCAGACGACAAUUACGCACGGGACGAGGAGGAUUUUGAUGAGGAGGAAGUUGAUGAGACCAGCUACCGAUCAGUCAAAGAUGCCAUUCUAUUUGCAAUCGAUAUUAGCAGCUCAAUGCUGACCCCCCGCCCGUCCAAUGAUGCUAAGAAACCCACCGAGGUAUCGCCGGCCUCCGCUGCUAUCAGAUGCGCAUACCAUUUGAUGCAACAGCGCAUCAUUUCGAACCCUCAUGACAUGAUCGGUGUCUUGCUCUACGGGACCGAGUCAUCUAAGUUCUACGAUGAGGAUGGAAAAAGCCGUGACGACUUAUCUUACCCACAUUGCCACCUGUUUACCGAUCUCGAUGUUCCAUCCGCCGAUGAGGUAAAGGCGCUCCGAGCGCUUGCAGAUGAUGAGGAGGAGGCCCGAAAAAUACUCAAGCCAUCUGAAGAGCGGGUGUCUAUGGCCAAUGUGCUGUUCUGCGCAAACCAAAUAUUCACCUCCAAAGCUCCGAACUUCCUCUCACGAAGACUGUUCAUCGUCACAGACGAAGAUAACCCCCCACGCUGA